ACACACUAUUUUUCCAUCUGCAAAAAUGAGACAUGUUAAAUGAAGCAAAUAACUUAAAAAAAACAGUUAUCAAAGUUGCCAGUUUGGUUCUACUCGGGGCAGCACGGCACAAUUUAACAGCAAAACUACACAAAAACAACAACAAAAUUGAAUUCAAAAUCAAACUCUGCUCGGUGGCCACGGCUGCAGACAGCUUCAGAGUCGUUAUAGUCGCUGCCAUUGGCGUCCUCUUGCCUUUUCUUGCCCCGUGCGCCGUGUGUGAUAUAACAGCCGUGAAGGAGUGUCCAUCUUAGCCUCUUCCCGCGUGUGCGUGUGUCCGUAUGUGCCCAUGAAGUAGUAUUGAAGUGACUGCGACUUGACGUGGAUACCAGGAACUGACGCCACACCAGUAGCAUAAGUCGCAAAGAAAGGCCUUGACCAUUGACGGAAGGUGUUCGCGACAUUUAAAUGAAGAAACAUGGGGAAUGGUAUGAACAAGGUCUUGCCGGGACUAUAUGUGGGCAACUACCGCGACUCCAAAGACUAUCAGCAGCUGGAGAAGUUCAAAAUCUCUCAUAUUAUUGCUAUACAUGACAGUCCGAGGCGCCUCUUGCCGGACAAGCACUAUUUGUGUGUCAUGGCUUCUGAUACUCCGGAUCAAAAUUUGUCGCAAUACUUUUCCGUGUGCAACGACUUUAUUCACGCAGCCCGGCUAAGGGAGGGCAAUGUGCUGAUCCACUGUCUGGCUGGGAUGUCCCGCUCAGUGACCGUCGCUGUUGCCUACAUUAUGACUGCAACGCAUUUGAACUGGAAGGAGGCUUUGAAGGUGGUGCGCGCUGGUCGCGCAGUAGCCAAUCCCAACACGGGCUUUCAAAAUCAGCUGCUGGAGUUCGAGCAAUACAAAUUAUCCGAGGAGCGUCGACGUCUGAGGGAGCGUUUCCCGUCGUCGGCGCUGGAGCAACUAGAUCGGGUGAAGUGCGCAAUGGCCCUAGAUAGCUACCAAGAGCUGUUGCAGAACAAAGACAUAUGCGAAGGAAACUGCUCUCGCGGCGAAAAAUGCCCCACAGGCGUCUGUAACAUGGACCCCACCAAGGGACUUUUCCGACGUCGUCCGUCGAGUGCCUCCAGCACGCAAUCGAGGGUGCGCGCUCUGUCCUCUAAUACCAACGCCAAUAGCAAUAGCAGUAACAACUCAUCCUCAAGCUCCUUAAGCGUCAGCAGCUCUGCCAAAGGUCUAGUCGUCGUAGCCCAGUCCUGCCCCACAUCGCCAAAGCAUUCCCCUUUGCAGCGUCGCUCAGUGGGCAACGAGCGUAUACCCGAGGAUGAGAUUGCCCAUCAGCAGCUACCAGCCACCUCCAGCGAAGCUGCCGAAUAUGCAGCAGCUAUUGAGGAUGCUCGUCGAGAGCAGCGACAGCAGCACCUUCAACUUCAACGUUCUCCGUCACGCCACAGCUACAAGUCAGACGGUCGAGUCAAUUCCGUAGCCACCAGCGGAGCAGCGCGUGUUAGUAGCGCUGGCAGUGCCAGAGAGCAGCCGGCAGCUGUGGAGAGCAAUGGAAGUGGAGCUCAGCUGCAGCGCAGCGCCAGCACAGUCAGCGGCUUUGGUGUGCGUCCACGCAGCAGUCCCGCGGGUCUGCAUGCCUACACGGGUUCGGUGCCAUCAUCUGUCCACGGAUCGCGGGUCGAUCUUCGCGAGGUUGACAAGGGUUCGGCUAUCUAUUUAGGCUGUUCAGCUCCUCGUACGUCAAGUUUAUCGAUAGCAUCGUCACGUGGUUCAUCAGGCGGUUCGGCUCCGCCAUCACCAUGUCACACCCCUCCUUCUAGCCCACGACAUGGUAUUAGGAGAUCGACUAGCUUAGCGAAAAAGCCUAGGUGAAGGCCUCUACUCUCAAGGACUUCUGCCCACGACUAUUUUUAUACCGCAGGACAUGCA